UCCUCUGUCUCUAUCCCCUCCCUCUCCGCCCCUAUCUCUCUGCCCCACCCCUCUCUCCCUCCCGCUCGUCUCUCCCUCUCCCUCCCGCGAGAAGCUACGCCGGCCGAUUCCGGCGAGCUCCGGCGGGAUUCGACGACGCCCGCCCCACAGCCGAGAGCCUCCCGACCCCGCCUUCCUCGACCCCGCGCUGCUGCGCCACCUCGCCUCCGCCCGCCGGUGCGUGCUGCCACCUCACCGGACCCCAGGAGCCCCGCCGCCUCGCGCUGCCGCCUGCGCCGCGUCGCGCGCCGCCACCUCCCCACAAGCUCGCCGCCCCGCCACGGAAGCCUCAUCGCCGGUCGCCCCGACCUUGAGAUCCGCCGCCGCCAUGGGAGCCGAGCACCGAGCUCCUCUACGCCCCGCCCGCCAUGGGAGAUCUGAGGCCGGCCGGGAGGCGGGGAUGGGGCGCCGGUGGGCCCCUGGGAUCUGCGCGAUGGCGCUGCUCUGGCUCGCCGCGGCCGCAGCCGAAGAUCCCGAUCCCGACGAGCUCGAGCGCGCCGCGACAACAAUUCUUCUUCCUCAAAGCAUAUAUUUUCUCCAAGCGAUCAACAAAGUGUUUGGUCCAUUUGGAAGGUACUUGAUGCCUCUUGGUCAGAAGAUGAUGGCGAGUUCCUCAUUCCAAUUGAGUUUAUAUUGUGUAGGUUUCUUCGUCAUGAUCUGGAUUGCCACAGUCAUGUUCAAGUCCAAUGAUAUCUUGUGCAAGCAGACCGCUCUCAAGAUACUUGUCCGGCAAGCUGCUAUGGUGGUCAAGUGUGUGCUGCCUAGGAAAAUAGAUAUUUAGUUUUAGGUCAUUUCUUGUAAUUUCAGAUAUGGAGUGCUUGUCUUUAGUUUUUGUUUUUUACUUUGUGAAACUUGCUACCUAUGGAUGAAACUGUGUAAUAUUGAUGAAACUAUGUAUAUGUAUGGAUGAAACUUGCUACUAUUGGUAACAUGUGUUGGAUAUCCUAUAUUGGUCAUA